GCAUGCGCCUAAAUGCCAUAAAAGGCUCAUGCGGAUACAAAACCCCAAAGGGAAACGUCAGUCUUUCAAAAUGCACAACAGAAUCUACUUUCUGACCGAUAUUUGCUGCUUUGGUGGAGGGUCAUUGCAGUCUGAGGCUCUGACAAGAUGGCGAGCACUCUGACCCAAGAGCAGAUCGCGGAGUAUAAAGGGGUGUUUGAGAUGUUCGAUGAGGAGGGCAACGGGGACGUGAAGACGCAGGAGCUGGAGCGCCUCAUGAGCCUGAUGGGGAUCAACCCCACCAAGCGCGAGCUCAGUCAAAUGGCCAAAGACGUGGACAAGGACGGUAAAGGCAUUUUCAACUGCGAAAGGUUCCUGGGCCUAAUGGCACUGUACCACGAACGGACCAAGAACCAGGACGAGGAACUACGGGCAGCUUUCAGAGUUUUUGACAAAGAGGCCAAGGGAUACAUCGAGUGGGACACUCUUAAGUACGUCCUGAUGAAUGCCGGGGAGCCCCUGAAUGCUGAAGAGGCAGAGCAGAUGAUGAAGGAGGCCGAUAAGGAUGGAGACGGAACCAUAGAUUAUGAAGAGUUUGUGGCCAUGAUGACAGGAGACUCUUUCAAGAUGAACUGACGGGAAGAGCAAGCAUGGCGCUGACGCACAGAGGGAUCUUCAUGGAUACUGUGGACUUUUGCAGUCUGCAUGCCCACAUCGUACCUGCAAAGACAGCAUUUUUUUUUUGCCUCUACCGGACAUUCUCCUCUCCUCUGAUUGGCUCACACACCACAUAUGCACACAAGCUUAGCAUGGUUUAACACAGGUGGAUUAGUGGUUUUUUUUUUUUGACUCAUCUUACUUUCAAUAAAUAUUAAGACCAUUUUCAGUGUUUCCAAAAAACAUUACACAGAAUUAAAAAUAGUAAAUGGGGAAUAUUGCAUUCAUAACUUGGAAACAAUAAAAAUAUAUCAUUUUAUCGCUGUGAGCUAUUUGCAGAGUGACUGUCAGUACUGCCGGCCUUCAGGGAAAUAGAGGCCCCUUGUUUGCCCUCUGCCACGUGAUGAAGGGUGCGGGUGAGGCUCACUCCGUCACCCUUCUGGUGCCCCACCCCACCCCCCAGGCAAAUAAUCACUCUGCUAUAAGUCCAGGCUCGCAUGUUCACAUCUGGCCCUAGUUCUGCAGUGACUUGGAAUGCUUUGUCCCAAGCCUGUGUGGGAUUUGGUUAGUCCAGCCCAAAGGGAUCCAUUUCAGCCUUUGCAAGAGGGUCCUGUGAUGAACGUCAUGUGUAUGACUACAGCAAAUAACAUUAGCAUGACCUGAGAAUAAGAGAAACACCAAACUGCUAAUCUGACUGCUGCAAUCUGAUAGAAAUUGUGACUGACUUUCUAUUCACCAACUGGAUAAUUCCUGUUAAGUCUAAUAUAUAUACUUAAGCUAUAUCCAAAUUCCUGAACUUUAGGGAAAAGCUGACAGCCUUUAGCAUCGUAGGUGUCCUGUAAUAAUAAUGAUAGUAACCACACAGAUAACCAGGGGUGGGGGGGGGUAAUUGCUCUUAACUCCCUGCGUCUCCCUCCUCCUGAGCCACAGGUGGGAGGAGCUAACCAAUGUCCACCUGAAACUCCACGACAAAACUCAACUGAGGCAGAACAAGAACCAGCACACCCCCUACCCCCCCCCCAACCCAAUUGCUAAAUAUUACUGACCCAAUUACCAAACUAAUUGCAGACUGAAGCAGCAGCCCGAAUGCCCUCAGCCACCGCUGACCCAACUCUGGCCGUGUUUCGACGAGUCACGUGGCCGACUGCAAGCGCGGGGUGGGGGGGGCGGACGAACACCUAGCUGACCGACUAGUCACUGGCUACAGACUAGGCAGAGACAAAACAGGGAAACGUCUCAAACUGCUUUUUUAUUACAUCUUAAAUAACAGUACAUUUUAAUAUAGUUUCUAUCUUGCAUCCAGCUUUCUGCAGUACACUGAAAGACUUUGAAAUUAAAUACAAAAAAGUGAAGUGGAUACAGUGGUGCAGCUCUACACUUCUCAUGGAAAGAG